GACUCUUUAUUUGUGCUUCUUUUCUUUUAGUGGUGUUGGUUGGUGUGUUCUGUAAGGUUCAGUGAUUAGGCCUUAUGUGAUACAAAAUUUAAGAAAAAUUUUCAAAUUCUAUCUUCUGAAACAUUUUGAAGCAGUAGUUUUCGUUCCCACGAAAGGUGUUUCACACAGACCAACUCCAAACAGGGUAUGAAAAUGAAGAUCCCCAUCAUUGAUCCGACCAAUAUCUACAGCAACCACGAGUCUUCUGGUGAUUAUUUGUCAUCAGACAACUCGGACAAUGUGCAUCAAGAGGAGAAUGAUUCUGCCGUCACGAAUGAUGAUUUCUCAGAGUACCUCUGGAUGGAGAACGAAGAAGAAUUUGACAAACAAAUUUUGCAGCAGUUAGAGGAAGAGGCUCUAAUGGAACACUGUUUGGAGGUCAUGCUGGAUCAUGAACGUGACCUCCAAGACCAUUUACUAGACAUGUCAGAAGACGGCAACCAACUGUUGAACAAUCCUCCAGAACAGCACGGAUCUGACAUUUGCCACCAGAUGUCAAACUUAAGAGUUCAGGAUAAGGAUGAAUUGGCUAAACAGAGCACACUGAACCCAAAUGCUGCGGAGUUCGUCCCCCAGUCAAGGACCGCCGGCAGCCCCCUUGUAGAGAAAACAUCUUAAAACACUAGUAGUCGACAAUUUUCAACGAAAUUAAUGUCGUUUUCCUUUAGGCUGUGAAGAAUUGUCGUUUGUGCAGUCUGCAACUCACUAGUAAAAAAUGUUUCAGCCGAUCACUAGUAUAUUGCUUGUUGUAUUUCUACUGCCACUAGGCCCCCCCCACACCUCCCCAAACAUCCACAGCGCAUUAACCGGAUCCGAGUGGUGCCGUCCGUUUGUCCGUUGUAGACUGCGAAACUCAUUCUUUACACAUCCCCUCCACACCUACUAUUUAUUGACUGUUCAUUAAUUAAUAAUUUUGUAGUACAAAACAUUUUCAUCACUACGUAGGAAGAAUACUCAGUUUUGUGUUGUGCUAGUAUCACACACUCUCUCUCUAUCUCACGACAGGAACUCGACAUACUUAAGCUAUGAUCUCUCAUGCUGGCAUUGUAUGCCCAUUAUUUAUUGAAUUUAAAACUUUCAGAUUCUAUUACUGGAUUUUAUUGAAAACGUAGUAUAAGCAGGUCUGUACAGUACGAGCUUAAUAUAGCAGGUUCUAUAUGUUGUAAAUAUUUUCCGUCACAUUCCUCUAUCAAGGAAUUGUUUGUUUAGGAUUCUAUGUAAAGUAAAAUAAAUCUCCUCUCAGGGAGAGCUAUGGUAUCAUAUUCAGAAAAGAAUAUAGCAUAAAAGUUAAAAAAUUGAAUGCACGUUCAAUUUAAUGUUAGUUAUUUUAAAAUUACUAUUUGGGAAGUAUGACUUUUUUACCAUUCUGUAUAAUUGCUUGUGUACUCGACUGUAAUUUGAUGUUUAACUUUUAAUUUGCAUUUUUUCCAUCAACUCAUUAUGAAAUAGGGUUAUUUACAUUUUAAUUGUGUUCAUAGUACAUAGUACUCAUAAUACUUACUACACACUAAAUAAUAUAUUUACCAGAGCAUGAAUAAUAAUUUAUUUGCAUGAAUCAAGAUCUGACUUAAAAGGUGUUAAGUUUAUUCUGAUAUGGUUCUGUUAUAAGUUAGUUUAAUUAAUUAAAUUAAUGAGUUGAUAGCACUAUAAUUUAUUUAAAUCGUUCUCAAAGUUAUUUUAAAUAACAUUUUUAUAAUGGUUGAAAUAUUAAUUCCAAGAGGUUAAAAUAUUUGUGUGUCACUGAAGAACAAAUGAAAAAUUCAGUGUAAACUGAGACUGAAAUGGUGCUGUUUUUUGUUUGUUUGUUUGUUUUUCAGAUCACGUAAACAAGAAUAUUGUGUUUUUAAUAAUGAUUAUUAAUUUGAUCUGUUUAGUUAAAUUAAAACUAAUUCAUAAUUACAGAUUUUUAUGUACUAUUAUUUUAGAGAGUCCAUGGUUUAUUACUGAUUGAAUAAAUCACCUUUACAUUGUAUGAGUUUUCAUUAAUAAAACGUAAUACGUGUGUAUUUUGGUUGUAACAUAUAUCACUUGUAUUAUGUUAAUUUUGUUGGUUGUGAAACUUGUUCAUCACAUUUUGGUUUUAAAAUAUAACUGGAUUGUCAUGAGGUUUGCCCAUCAUUAAUUACACAUAUAACUAAACUUUUUACACACAAAAAUGAAAAAUAUUUGCAACAAUAAUAUUGUUAUUCUUUCAAAUCUCUAUAUUUUCAGAAUGUUUGCUUAUAAAAACAUCUGCAUAAUAAAACUAUUAGAAAAAUGGAAAAAAUUAAUUGUAACUUUUAUAUUAAAUUGAUUUUGAAUAACUUAAUAAUUUUAUCAGUUUCAAUAAAUAUGUAUUUUUUUCCAUUUACGUAUUAACUGUUGAAUAUUAUCAUCUUGUACAUAACGAAUUUUGUCAUUCGGUGUCACUUGUAGAAAUAACAAUAACACACAAAGCAUUAUUUCCAACACAAACAUUUUUGAGGAUUAUUAAUUUAAAUUUUGAUAUUUAUAUAAAAUGAUUGAGUAUUAAAAGGAAUUUUGCAUUAUUAAAUCUAAAUUUUAGUUAUUUACACACAUUUUUAAGUAUAAUUUCAAAAGUUUGCUAAUUUUCAAAUUUAUAUACAAUAAAACCGAAUCAAAAGUAGCAACCAAUAGACAAUAGUUACUUACAAUACCUAUAUAGACAGAAAUAAUGGCUGGCUAACAUGCUUGUAAUAAAAUGGACAAUCUUGUAUAGUUGUCAGUUGUCCUUUUCAUAAAUCCCACUCAUUAAGGAUGCUUGGUCACCCAAGUUUUUUUUGCAUAAAAAAUCUAUUUGUAACAGAAUUCCUACACAAUCCUAUACUUAAAAUUAGUUUGAACAAUUGACUCAGUGUUCGGGAUGUACUGACAAUGUUAUAUGAAGUGUGUAAGCUGAACAUGCAUUUAGGAUGGAUACUGAUACAAAUUUCAAAACACUAUAUCUGCCUGUUUAAAAAUGUUUAUAGUUGCAACGAGUGUAUUCACUGAAUUUAAUAUUUUAGUAAGUGACAAAUUAUGUUAAAUGGAAACAAUCAACAUUAUUAGAUUAUUAAUUAUUAAUCCAGUUUGAAUAUUGAAAGAUUACAAAUUAGAGAUUUUUGUAAUAAAAAUAUAUUUGGUGACCAAACACCUUUAAGGUGUCUGGGUAUAGGAAAACUUAGAAUAACACCUAUAUGUAAUUGCACCAGAAUGAUGUUUUCUGGCAGAAGGUCAUGUAUGUGCUUAGUAGUAGUAAUGGAAUGUUUUCCUUUGGUAUUAGUUAGUUAAACAUGGACUAAUUAGCGAUUUAAUAUUCCAGAUAAAAUAUGGAUGAUUUUACUUGGCACUUGGUCAGAAGUAUAACUACUUAAGGAGUUAAUAGAUUUCCAUUGAUUGGAUACGUUUCGAAUUUUUACUGUGGGCAACUUUAAUUGGGAUGGUCCAUUUACGGAAUUCUUUAGAGUCCUUGUUCGUGAAAUAUUUGAAACUAUUGUAAUAUAAAAAUGUUGUACUUUAAAAUUAUAAAAUAUUUCCGAAUUGUUAAGUACCAAGAAAAGGUUAUCCAACAAGACCAGUAUAUAUCUUACAGUACAAUACAUUAUCUUAGUGCCCGAUAACAAUUCUGGCCAUCACUCUUAUGGCACACACGUGUUCCCCAAUUUAACUAAGCAUUCUCAUUUUAUUUUAGUAGUUUUUAUAGUCACUUUGAAAGCGUAUUAUUUUAAUUUGAUGCAAAGAUCUGCCCUUCUCCCACAUAUUGGCCUUAUGCUAGUUGUUCCUAAUAAUCUGUUUUUGUCCAAGAAAUAACAAGUUAAAGUUGAAGGAGUUAGUAUUUCUUGCACGAGAAAAGAUUUUUUGUAAAAAACAAAUGAUUAACUAUUCCUUGAAUGUGAGAAUUAAACACUCCAAUUCUUCAGAUCUGCAAACUGAAGUAGCCUUUCACUUUUUUCACGUCAAUGGUUUGGCAGUUCUUUUUAUUGUUAAGCGUCAAAUCUUUGGAAGGUACAAAACAUUGAUACUAAUACUCAUGAAUCCUGUACUCAAUUGAAUUGGGUUGUUCUUAGUGUUAAUAAAUUGAUAAUAGUUAUAUAAAAAGAUAAACGUUAUUUUUACUCUUACCUUUAAUCAUGAAGAAUAUUCUCAAGCUGUGUACCAUUGCAAAAAGAUGCAGGCAAUAUAUUAUAAUUUAUACACACUACAAAAAUAAUUAAUCUGUGGGGUAAUAUACUGUCAAUAAUAAAAUGAAAUGUUAAGAUAACUUUAAUGCAUUGAGUUCUUCUCACACUUUUAAAAAUUAAAUUGUAAGAUUUAUUAAUAAAAAGAUUUAACACAUUAAAAAUUAUAAUUACAAGUGGAGAACAACAAUUUUAAUACUAUAAUGUAAGUAUUUAUAUAUCAACUGUAGUAAAAUAUAAAUAUUCUUUUGACCCAUUUGUCAUGUAUUUAUAUUAAAAAUCAUAUUUGGAAUUUUAAACAUGUGUUGAAGAAGACAACUACAAUUUUUAGCUACGUUUAUUGUCUGUGUGUAUAUAAAUAAUACAUUUGAAAGUUUUCUGAACUUCUGGUACUUACCUUUGGAAUAUUCUUCAAAUGUACAAAUAGUACUUUUGUUUAUUUAUUAAGUUCUAUAUAAUUGUUGUUGAUUCUUUUCCCUGAUUUUUGUGACUGCAAAUUGAGAGGUUUUCUUUUUUUAUAGUUGAUAUCAUAGUGUAAUUUUAAAAGGUUGUAUAUAGUAUUAACCUUGUAGAUAUAGAUUAUAGUGUUUAAACCCGAACAAAUGGAAUUUUAUUUCUAAAUUAUAAACGUCUAAAACACAAUUCAAAAUGUAUACGGUUGAAAUUUCUUUUUAUUCUUAAGUGUUGUAAACGCUCAAUAAAGCUGAGACUGCUAAUUUAAUUACAAAUUAUAAAAUAAAUAAUUACCAAAAGUAAGAAUAUAAUGUCUUAAUUUUUGAAUAUCCUUCUUCUGAAAAAUAUUAGUAAUAAUUAAAUUGUCAGCAUGUUGACAUGUACAAAUUAAUAGGCGAUAAAUAAAAUUGCAUCAUCUUGCAUCUUGUUUGGUUUAUGUGUUAAUAUACUGGUAACGAGCUUGUGAACAAACAAUAAUUGUGAUCCUCAUGAACAUUACCUAAUGUAAACUGUUUUUAUGUGUAUGUGUAUAUUUUCUCGUCAUAAUUUAAUUCUAGUCUAGUAAUUAUCUGAAAUGUGUUUUACAGCUUUUUAAUAAUGGUUGUGAGUCUAGAAUUUUUAUUUUAUUUGUGAAAGAUGUUUGGUUUUUGUUACUCAAGAUGUUUUGUGUUCAUAGUCUUUUUGAGGGUAUAUUCUCUUAAAAUAUUAGUAUCCUAAUAUUUAAGCUGGUGAAGGACAUAGUUCUCUUUUCUUAUUUUUGGGUUUUAGUGUUUUGCUUUGAGGAGAAAAUAAAACUUGUGUUAGUGUAGUGUGACAGGGUUGAAUUUAUUGUAAUGCAUGUAUUAAUAAAAAAAUCAAGUUCUAUCUACUUAUUUUUAUUUGGUUGUUAACAGCUGACAAAAUAUUAACUUUAAAUUUUUUACCUAACUACUUAAAUUAAGCUAUUUCAAUGUUUUGAUACAGAAUGCAAUUCUCCUUUUGUUAGUGUAGUGUUACGUUUGACAAAUAACUUGUUUUGGAUGCUGUUCCAAUAAGUAUUCUUUUCAUAUUCUUCUUAUUGGCCAUAUCAUAUUGGUAGUCCACAUUAAACAUUUUAAGGAAGGUUGAAAAAUAUGAAAAACAUAAUUUUGAACAUUGAGAGUUCUAAUAUUUCUCGGUACAUGAAUUUAGUAUCAUUGUUAAUGUUGUAAAUAUGUAUUACUUAAAGGUUAUUUGCCAUUGAAGCUUUAAUGUAAAUACAUUGGUCUGUACCUCACUACAUAUUCAGACAAUUGGCCAAUUGAUCAGCUUGUGUUUUGUGUUGGAAAUGAAUCUUAGGUGUCAAGUACAAAUUUACCCAAUUAAUGUUUAGUCGCCAACCAUAGGACUGCCGUAACUUGUAGGAUAGUCGUAGUGCGGCUUUGUUAUUUGUCCAUCUUUUUGUUGUUUAUAGUUGAAAAUUAUACAAUAUUACUUGCAAUAUGGAGCAUAAGGUAUAUAAUAUUUUGUGAAUAAAAAGAAUUAUAAAGUGAA